AUGAUUGGAAAUAAUUUUCCAAUGGGAUUUACAAAUACGGGUUCGUCUUCCGGAAGUCUACCUACACCGGUUUCAACAAGAGGAGACGUUCGAGACGAUGACUCUCCAAAUGCAACGCCAAGGGCAUCAACUCCCCAAGAUUAUUUUUCACAAUUUUCAACUCAAUUUGGUUUGGAUAAUAUUUCUUUAUCGCAAGCACCAGAAAAAGAAAAUACUUCAAAUUAUCAAGGUUGGAGGAAGGAGGAAGACGUACUUCUGGCUCGUGCAUGGCUCACGGUUUCUAACUGUAGCAUUACAGGAAACUACCAAGAUAUGAAGGAAUUUUGGAAGAAGAUUACUACCUACUACAAUGCAAACCGAGGAUCUUUACCUGAAAGAGAACAAGGUAAGUUAAAGUCUCAUUGGUUUUGGUUUUCAAAGUAUGUCAAUGAAUUUAACCAACACUACAAUAGACUAUGGAAUGAACACCGUAGUGGUUGGAGUGAUGAUUAUGUAAGGGAUGCAGCUCAUGAGGCAGUUGUUUCUACCAUUGAAGAGUCAUCAAAGAGGUCAAGAAUCAAUGAAUCCGGAUCAUACACUUCAUCAUCAAAUGCUGAUCGAAAUGUUGAAAUCAAUGAGAUCAAAGAGGAGGUUCGCCCAAUAGGCCAAAAAGCAGCCAAGAAAGGAAAACGGAAGUCAAAAGAAAAGUGCAAGGCACGGGAUGAUGACGAUGAACUUGUUGAACUUCGACAAAAAAUGAUGGAUUUGGAAGCCAAAAAAUUAGAGCAAUAA